AUGGAAACCACCAUCUUUUUUUCCUCCCCAAAAAUUGGAAUCCCAUUGUUUGUACCGAGUUCUUGUCCAAAACAUAGCGUUCAACGUCGUCCCACGGUUGUAUCUGUAUUGACACCGGUCACUAAGGCGGGUACUACAACCAGUUAUAGUAGUAUAGCUACCACUUCAACAAAGACCGUUUAUAAAGACAGCUGGUUCGAUCAUGUUGCCAUUACAUACCUCUCUAAAGCUGUUCAAGAGGCCAUAGAUGUGAGGAACGACGAGAGUGGGUACGAUAGCUUGGUUGUGGCAGCUGGAGCGGUUUUUAGAAGCUUUGAUCCGAUCAAACAACGCCAACUUGUUGCCAAGGCUCUUCAAAGUGCAGUUCCUGGGCCUAUCUCUUUUCUAAUCAAAACAUUGAUGCCACUUUCGAAGUUUAAAAGAGAGUAUUUCGCAGCAUUCACGACCAUCUUCUUCCCUUGGCUUAUCGGUCCUUGCGAGGUAAUAGAAUCUGAAUUUGAAGGUGGUAUAGAGCGGAACGUCGUACAUAUAAAAAAAUGCAGGUUUUUGGAAUCAUCUAAUUGCGCAGGGAUGUGCACCAAUCUCUGCAAGAUACCAUCGCAAGAGUUCAUUAAGAACUCUUUCGGCGUCCCAAUCAACAUGGUUCCAAAUUUUGACGAUAUGAGUUGUAAGAUGAUAUUUGGGCAAGAGCCCCCUGCUUUACAAGAUGAUCCAGCAUUUAAGCAACCAUGCUACAAACUAUGUAAUGUGAAAAAUAAACAUGAUACAAACUGCAUCAACUAAGGACCUCAAGGAGAUGGAUCAAUACGAA